CUCUGACGAGUGUCACAUUCCGGUUCCCCUAAACCGAGAUGAUUUUGUUUUUAUAUUAAUUAACUUGAUUUGGCCCAAAAUCCAUCAAAUUUUGCUCUUUUAUUUCAGACCUGUGUAGUAAACCCUACAGAUUCCUCCUCCAUUUCUUAUAAAUAUGAGUCUUUCUUUUCUCUUUUUUCUCAUUUAGAAAUCAGAGUAAAGCUCCGCAGAAUUUCAAAAAGAUCCGAAAACCAUAAUCGUCAAAGUUUCUUAUUUUCUUUUCUCUCUUGUUUUCUCUUGGCUGAUCUCUCUCUCUUCUUUUCAUUGGCGUCUCUCUCUUUUCUCUGGAAAACAACUCAUCUAUUACUCUUAAAUCUUAUGAACCAAUCUCCCAAAGACCCACUCUAAUUCUAAUAUUAUUUUGAUUUAUUUUUUAAUUCAAAAAUUAAGCUGUUUACAAAUUUACCCCUAACCCUAAUCUAAUAAACUAAUGCCCACUUAUUUUUUCUUUUCAUUUUAUCUUCUUUUCUUCUCUCGUCUUCUUCAAUUUCUAUCUCUCUUUUUUCUGCGAUUUCUCCUAAAAUUAUUUUUCUUUUUCUUUGUAAACACUUAACUAGAUCCGCUAUUGGUGAUGUAAAAAACUGUCCAAAGUGAGGGAAACAACAUCAAUGGCGAUUCUUCUUCUUCUUGGGCAUUAGAUCUGUUCAAAAUGGUGGCACCUCAGCCUUUGCGCUUCCGAUCUCCUUCUUCUCGCGCUUCAGAUCUCUGUUUCUUUGAUAUAUUAAUGGUUAUUGUCCUGAGUUUUUGAUUUAGAGUUGUAAAAGAAGAUUCUGGGUUUUGUAUGAUUAGGGUUCUUCUUGUUUUCUAUAGAUCUGUUUUUUUUUUAUUUAGAGUUCUUACUAUUCGUGUUCUCCCUUUGCAAAUUACUUUUUGCGUAGAACUUAAUCGAACUCGGUAUAACAAUACUUAGUAUACUCAGUAUAAUUUAGUAUAACCAGUUUAACUCAGUAGAACUUGGUAUAACUGCACUUGUUAAUACUCAAUAGUAUAACUUAAUAGAACUUGGUAAAACUGCAUUGAGUAAUACUUAAUAGUAUUCAGUACAGCUAGUAUAUGAUGGUCUGAAUUAUACUUUAAUUAAAUAAUAAGUACAAGAGUAAAAAAAGAAAACAAAAGAAACAAGGGAAUUCAAGAUCUUCUUUGUUUGAAGUUCAGAUCUCUCUCUCCACUCUAAGCUCUUGCUUCCAAGGUAUGAAGUCUUCUCUUACAACUAGGUCUCUCCCAAAAAAGGUCUCUAAGCAAGUCUGCCUGUAAAAUGAUACAAAACCCUAAUAAUAUAACCAAACAUGUGGCUAGGGACUUAGGAUCCAAUAAUAGGAACUUGGGGUAAAACUUAUAAUUCUUCUAAUCCUCUUUAGUCGCGGAGGGCUCUUCGUCGAUCGAUGUUGCUUAUGGAUAAUCGAUCGAUGCUCAUGCUUUUCAAUCGAUCGAUACUGAUAAUGAAUAAUCGGUCGAUGACAUACCCCUCUACUGAUAUUGCCUGACAUACCCCUCUACUGACCUCAUUUCUGCAUAAAGAUGGAUGUGUAGGCUACAUCUUGGGAGUAUCGAUCAUCAAACACAUGGAAUCAACUCAAGCAAGUAUUUGGACUAACAUGCGAGUAAUGGGGUCACAUGAGAAACUCCUACCUCUAGCUUUCAAACAAUGGGUGAUCAUUCUCUUCUAGAUUAGAAUAAUGGGGUCAAAGAGGUGUCUCGUAAGCCCGUGCCUGAAGGGAAGGAAGUUGCUGAUCAGGUCCUCGAUCUUCCUCCGUCGCGUCGUCAAACCACCUUUCGUACCAGAAAAAAAAGUCUUAAGGCAGUGCAGCAUCUGGGGUAAUAUGUUGGGAUCCACAGGAGAAAAAGCUAUGGAGGCGUUCAUGCAAGCCGCGGGAAAGCUCUCAGCCAAGAAGCCUGCUGCUAAGGCCACUACCUCGGGUGAUGAUGAUGUCCAAAUCCUCAAGAGUACCAAGCGCAAGGGACCUACUAGCUCAGCCCCUUCUGCCUCAAGGAGAAGAACUCGGGCCUCGGGAUCGACUCCGAUGUCCUCGACUCCAGAGCCUUCUCUUAAUCCUGGCAUGGACCUAGCCAAGGUGGUAGCUGAUCUCUCUUCCUCAAAGUUUCCUGGGAGCGCCUGCUUUCUCCCUUCUGGAGACCUCCCGAAGGCCUUUGAGGGCGUUCAGUUUGAUCUCCUCCAGGUUAUGUUUUAGAUUCACCAUCUUGAGGACAUGGUGAACGAGCAGUCAUCCAAGAAGGAAUUGGAGAGUGUGAAUGCUCAGCUCAGGGAAGAGAGGAACAAGGUCCUGGAUCAGGGGAAGGAGAUCAAAUCCCUUCAGCUCAAGCUGAAGAAAUCGAAGGAGGCUGAGGCUGCUACUGCUGCGGAGAACACCGCUCGGACGCGUCAGCUAGAGGAGACCCAGGAGGAGCUCUGCGGGCUGAAGCUGGAAAAGGAAUCCUUUGAGGACGAGAGGAUGAUGGCUGUGAGUGGAGCCAAGGUGACUGCUCGCUGGGAGCUGAUGAGGGAAUGGCUCAAGGAGCAGACCGACAAAUGGGAGUUAGCCAUGGAGUUCUAGCGAUACAAGCUGGUGAAGGAGGCCGAGGCUAAGCUGCAUGGAUUGCCUCCUCCUUCGUUUGAUGAUGAGCCGGUUCUCCCCGAAACCGGUGCUGCCAAGGAGACUUUCCCUACUCCAUCUAAGGGCGCGGGUGCUUCUCCAACUGCAUGAUCUCCUUAUCUAUCGAAUUCUUGAUCUUUUAAGCCCUUCGGGCUUUUGUUGUUGUUUUUACCCUUCGGGGUUUUGCUUUUUAAACCUCAGUCCUUCGUGCCUUAAGACUUUUAAGUGCUUA